GGUUCUCUGUGAUUCAAUUCAUUUUCCAAUCUAAUGUUUUGUUGUGCAUAUGAACAUGUAUGUAUGAAUUCUUUGUCUGUUCUUCUAUGUGUGUGUCAUUGCUUUUCGAUCCAGAGAAAUGUUUUAUUUUAUUUUAAUUGUUGCAUCUGUUGAAUCAUCCACACUCGAACUCGCUCGCUGUACAUCCAGCGGUGGAUCUCCUGGUGUGUUUCUCACAUCCACUCGGCAGCAGAAGGUCCAGAGGCUCUCACUCUGACAUUCACAGAUUCAGCCCCGCGGCUCAUCUCUGUAUCUCUGUACAUUCCAUUUAUAAUGUAUAGGCUAAAGUUGUAUUUUUUCUCCUGUUACAGUGAGUACAUGUGGAAACUCCAUUACAAGUUUCCCCCGUGCUCUCUCUUGGAUCAAUGAGACUUUUCAAACUGAUUUCAGAGCUCCAGCUGUUUGUUCUGUUGCCUGCUGGAGAAAGUGAUAUUAUCUUAUCCCCCAAAGGGAAUCACAGCCAAAAUAAGCAUUCACAAGGCUGAGCCAGGGCUCCAAUUACAGGUCUCAGUUUGUUUUAAAAACCAACACGUCCUUUAAUUUUCACGAUCCUGCUUCAGUCAGCAUGACCAGUGCGUAGCAGACUCCUCCAGGACAAGUGUCUCAGCGUCUCUUCUCCCAGUGGCUGCUGACGUCCUGUCCCCAGUCAGAUGUCCCUCAGAGCCCUGAAAGACAUUUAGCAUCUGCCUCGAAUCUGUAGUCUUGGAAACUGGCCAUUCACAGUAUUCUUUUGUUGAACAAGCACAGUUUCAGUUUCUAGAGAAAAUAACCCUUUUAAAUGUAAGUGAGGAAUCUUCUUUGUAAACUCGUGACUCUGUCGUGCUGCGGCCUUGAUCACACGGCCACAGAUUUCACUUCGUCCUUGUCACCCAGGAGAGAGGCUUUACUGUCCCAGACCUCCGGCUCUUGUCUUUCUUUCUCUCUCCACUCACACAUUUGUUUCCUCUUAUCUUUCACUAGUAUCCCCCCCGCUCGCCUGCAGGCUGCUUGUUUUGGCUUGAGGGCUGUUUUCUCUUUGCCUGGGUCGGUGAGAUCUGUCAGCUGCAGGGGAGAAAUGUCCCUGACAAUGAAUUUCUAUUGGAGAGCUCACAACUUGUAUGUCUGGUUAUUUUUUACAUGUCUCCCGCCCCCCCCUUCACCUGCAACUCGUCAUGGGUCUUUCUCCCACGUCUUACUUCUUGACCCCUCGACCCUAACAACUCAGCAGAUAUAUUGCUCAUUGUUAUCUUUUUCCUGCAGAAUCUCUGUUUUCCAGUGGUCAUAAAAAAGCUUUGGUUUGAACCCUUCUGGAGAAAAGCAUUCCAGAUGCCUGUAAUCUGUAGAACUUGUCUUGUGACUGCUUUCACUGCAAAAUUCUCUUAAUCCUGUUUUUGGUUUCCUCUCUCAGCGUGAGGACAUUGUCUGACCCCACAGAACAUUUCUUUAAUCUUCCAUAACUUAACCUUAUUUCUCUCUUGAACAUCUCAGGUGCUGCUUGGACAGAAACGACACUUAAACUUUAUCUCAUAACCACAAUCCUAAUUUUUUUUUUUCUACAGGUGUCGGGUUUCAUCAAAUAUUGAUAUUCCCUUCUCACAUUGUUUGAGGCCAGAAGAGUUUUUAUUUGUAAAGAGUAAGGUCAGAAUAAUGGACAUGAUUUUUAAGUCUGUGAUGAUCUUUGGUUCUUAAAAGGUCUCAGUUAUAUAAAUUAGAUUAUAAGUCAACUGCUCACAUGUGGAUUUCUUCCAUUAAAAUGCGAGUAAAGUAUUGUUUUACAAAAUGUUAUCAUGCUGUGUUUGCAGCUGUAUUUUCACACAUCAUGCGUGCUGUUUGUUUUAAUGCUCCACCUUCCAUCACUCCCAGUGUGGGGCUUCUCUUUCCUGAGUGUGACGCUGAUCAAUGCCUUCUCCCUCACCGGAGUCCUCAGCGUGCCUCUGUUGAAGACGCGCUUUAUGAAACACGCCAUCGUCUUUUUCAUCGCUCUUGCCAUCGGCACGCUGUUCUCCACCGCCAUCCUGCAGCUCCUGCCAGAGUGUGGGGUUAUGGGAUCCUGUCUGUGACACUCAUCUCUCUGUGUUCGCUGGUGGGGGCCAGCGUGGUGCCCUUCAUGAAGAAAACCUUUUACAAGCGCCUGCUGCUCUACUUCAUAGCCCUGGCCAUUGGCACGCUCUACUCCAACGCCCUGUUUCAGCUCAUCCCAGAGGCGUUUGGUUUUGACCCCAUGGUGGAUUUCUACGUGUCCAAGUCGGCCGUCGUGUUCGGAGGUUUCUACCUCUUCUUCUUCGUGGAGAAGGUUCUCAGGGUUCUGCUCAAACAGAAGAAUGGGAGCCACGGCCACAGUCACUACUCCAGUGAGCGUCGCUGCUCGUCACCUGACAAGGAGCUGGAGGAGGGCGAGAAGGAGAAGCUGCAGCUGAACGGAGAAGCCAGCAGUCUGGCUGCGGGCAAAGUGGACGCCGGGGAGGGCGAGCUCAUGCUCAGCCCGGCUCAGACGCCACAGGACUCCCAGAGGCCAGAGAGCACGGGGAGAUCUGGAGUCGGCCGUGGCUGCUAUUGGCUGAAGGGGACGACCUACUCUGACAUCGGCACGCUGGCCUGGAUGAUCACGCUCAGCGACGGUCUGCACAACUUCAUCGACGGCUUGGCGAUCGGAGCGUCCUUCACCUCGUCCGUCUUCCAGGGCAUCAGCACGUCCGUGGCCAUCCUGUGUGAGGAGUUCCCCCACGAGCUGGGAGACUUCGUGAUCCUGCUGAACGCCGGCAUGAGCAUACAACAGGCUCUGUUCUUCAACUUCCUGUCGGCCUGCUGCUGUUACCUGGGCAUGGGCUUCGGCAUCCUGGCCGGCAACAGCUUCUCACCCAACUGGAUCUUCGCCCUGGCUGGAGGAAUGUUCCUCUACAUCGCUCUGGCAGACAUGUUCCCGGAGAUGAACGAGGUGAGUCGUGAGGAAGAGGACGCCGGCGGCAGCAGCUUCCUCCUCACCUUUGCCAUCCAGAACGCCGGGCUGCUGACGGGCUUCUCCAUCAUGCUGCUCCUCACCAUAUACUCUGGACAGAUACAGAUGGGCUAGCACCAGACCAGCUCUGGCCCGGGGCAACAUGAACUGGGGACGGGUGCUGGUUUGUGCCGGUGGAAACUGGCUCGGAGAGGAGGGAAGCCAAACCUUCUUUUCCUCUUUGUCCCCCCCCC